UGAGAAAACACAUAUAUGUCAUAAUAUUGACGUGUAAGGUGCGAAAAAUUGGCUUACAAACGAAUCAAAUAUAAUCGAAAUAAAUAUAUAAACAAUUCGAAUUGUUGUUUUGUGCAAACAUGCAGUAAAAUGACGAUAAAUAAUAAGUUUUAUUUCGACAAUACGGUGCGUAGUUUGGCGCGCGUAUUAGCACAAAUUAAACCAACACCAUGGGAAAAAGUUUUGUCAUUGUAUCGCUAUUGUCCGCAAGAAAAUGCAGCUGGUGUAUUUUGUUUGGAUCAUCGAGCCCAAGAGGCUGUCAUUGCACUUGGAUUGUAUUUUCUUGAAAGUGGAUGUCAACAUGAAACGAAAAUUGUGCCAUACUUACUUCGAUUGAAUAAAGCGUUACCAAGAGCCGUUUGGAUUGACGAUGGCAAACCAAAGAAGACCGAACGUAUUCCAGCAUCGGAACGAUUUAGUUUCUGUUUGAAUACAUUGCUCUCUGAUGUGGCUGUCAAUUGUCCGCAUUUGCGUGACACAAUUAUCGAAAAUCAAGUAAAUACACUCGACACAUUAACAACGAUGAUAAAGUCGAGUCACAAAAGCAAUGCAUUGCCACCGAUAAAUUUGUGUAAAGCAACUGUCCCAAUUUUGCUUGGUCUAGGACGUUCGAUGGGCAGAUAUGCUCAUAAUUCACCACUUCUAUGCCGAAUAUUCCCACCGAUAACAGUUCCAUCUGCCACAAAAUCACCAUCAUCAGCCACAUCAAGCGCCACCAGUAAUAGUAACAAUAUUCAGACAUCAUACGAACGUCAUCCAAGCUUAUCACAAUUUCGUUCCAUCAUACCGCGAUCAUUGUCGGGCGGUAUAAGUUGUGAAGCUCUUGACGAUUCAAUGAGUGAUGACACCGAUUCAGCAAAUCGACCGCCAAAGUUGCAAUCAUGUUAUUCGAUACCGUAUGAUCCGACGACAUACUUUUUCUCAAAAUAUGGAUCCAGUUUUAAUCAAUUUCCGAAUAUGCGAUUCGUUGAGACGCCCGAAAAAAAGCUGAAAAUAAAAUUUAAAAUUCAAUUUUUGCAAAGUAUUUUUGCAAUUGCCAAAAAAUUACUCACCAAAGAAACACUCGAGUAUCUCGAUGAGCAAGCCAGCGAUAUUUACUCAUUGCAUCAAAUUAAAUCGUAUCCAUACAAAAGCUUUUCCGAAACAAUCAAUCUGGUGAUGGUCACAUUGUUGCGAGAAGUACUACAAAAUGAAAGUGAUUUGCCAACGCCAUUCACAAAAGAUGUGCAAGAAUUUGUGAAGAAUCUGUUUCUCAGCGGACAAACGGAGCUACAAAAGAAGCAAAACGAUCAGGAGAAAGAGCAACGAGAACCUGGAUGCACAGCAAUCAAUAAAUACAAAAUCAAUGUCAUGGCCAAUGCAGCAUGUGUCGAUUUAUUAGUUUGGGCCAUCAACGAUGAAACUGAGGGCGAUAAAUUGUGCGGACGCUUGAAUCAAAAACUCAGUCUAUUGGUGGGUCAAAAUAUUGUUAUGGAUCACAUGCCAUUACUCAUGGUUUGUUUGGAGGGUCUUGGGAAAUUGGCUGAAAAAUUUCCAAAUAUCGCCGGAACAUCGAUUACGUAUUUGAAAGACUUUUUGGUCGCGCCAAGUCCAAUAUUGGAGAAAUUAUACCGCCAAGCACAGAUAAAGAAAGAGAAGGAACAAUUUAAGAUAGUCGUGCAAGGUAAUGAUUUCCGUGCAAUUGACGUACCAUUGAAACCGGUUGGCAUUACAAAAUCAGCCCAAACUGCUUUUGAAGCAUUACGAGAUGCUGCCAUUGAAAAUUUAGCCAUCGCACUACAUGCCGCUCAUCGACUCGAUCCAUAUUGUGUACCGGCACUUGUGGCCAGCGUCUCUAGUCGAUUGUUUACAGCUGAAAAGACAGAAAAUAAAUCAAGUCUUGUAUCACUAAAUAUUAUCGUGAUGCUGGGCCAUGUUGCCGUUGCAUUAAAAAAUACACCAAAAACAACGCAAAAUAUUUUACAAUUUUUCAUUCAACGUUUCAAUAAAAAUACGUCAGAUCAAACAGCAUUGAUUGUCGAUCAAUUGGGUUGCGUUAUAAUCAGCAGAUGUGAGCCGAAAGUGUUUGACGAAAUUAUGAAAAUGUUUGCACGUGAAACCGUAAAGGCGACAUCGCAAGCGUAUUCAACAAAUGUCGAGGAACGAAAACAAAAUCAGAAUGUGUCGGAUGCCGUUAUAAAUGCACUGGGUAACAUUGCGGCGAAUAUUCAAGGUGAAGCGGAAAUGUUGGAUUUGUUGGGCAAACUUCUUGAACUAUUUGUUCAAAUCGGUUUGGAAGGCGAACGAUCGUAUAACGAUAAUGUAACUACUCAAAAAGCGAGUUCGAGCGCUGGAAAUUUGGGAAUGCUGAUUCCAGUUAUUUCGAUAUUGGUUAAACGAUUGCCACCGAUUAAAAAUCCGAAAAUUCGAUUGCACAAGCUAUUCAAAGAUUUUUGGCUGUACUGUAUUGUCAUGGGAUUCACGAAUUCGCGACUAUGGCCAUCCGAAUGGUAUCAAGGCGUGCAACAGAUUGCCGCAAAAUCACCGCUAUUAAUCUCACAGACGGCCCAUCGAUCCGAAAUGAGGGAAUUGAACUACACAUCUGCCGUUAAAUCGGAUAGCGUUAGCUUGAAUGAACUACGAAAUCAAAUAAUGGUACUCUUUGAUCAUCCACCGGCCGAAGUUGUAGCUUGCAUAAACAAAUUCACUUUUGCUCAAUGCACCUACCUACUGAGCGUUUAUUGGCUCGAAACAUUGAGAGUCGAAAACGCAGACGAACCAAGUUUGGAACCAAUUUUAAGUUACCUGUGUGAUAUUCCACUGCAGAAAGAUAAAUCGGGAAUGUGGUCAUGCAUCAAAUGUGUUGCAGAUCAAGUUUUUGAGAAAUUCCGUAAUGUGUUGAUAUCACAAGAGCAGCUCCGCGAUAACGUAUUAGAAUCGCAAGCGAUGCUAUUGCUUGUAUAUUUCAAUCACAUUCACAAACAGAUUCAAGUGGUUGCAGAUCAGUAUCUAUCGCAGUUGGUCGAUAAGUUUCCGCAUUUGUUGUGGAACCGUAAAGUUCUUUGGUGCAUGUUGGAUGUGCUACAAUUGCUCGCCGAUUCAUUGACCCGUGAUCCAAAUGAAGAGACAACAACACUAAAAGUUCGUUCGACAUCGUAUACGUUGCAAUUAAUGGACAGUUUGCCAGCUCGAGAGAGUCGUUUAAAAGACUUUUCGGAUCGAUGCCAAGGCAUCAUAAGUGAAGCAAUGAAAUGGGCACCAAAAUCAACAAAAUCUCACUUGCAAGAGUAUCGGAAUCAGGUUGAUCCAACAUCCUCGUUAAUCCAUCAUAGUGGCCUGGCCAUGGCAUUUGAUGCGGCUCUUCAAUCGUGUGCUCCUCCACUUGCAUCGGCUUUGCUUCCAGUUGCUGCAAAGCGACCGCAAUGUAUUAACAGCGACACUCCGCGAUUUGUGUCGGUGUUGUGCUUACGUUCACAAUACGCCGGAGAAGUUUCUGGUAGAACCAAAUCAUUGAAAGAUGACAAGGCACUUCUGGGUGAUCAAUUGGUAAAAGAAGUGUGGGAUGCUUGUCAAGAGAAAAGUAAUAAUAAAUAUCGCGAAGCACUUUGGAUUUCAACUGCAUAUUUGAUCACAAAUUCGGGUGUCAAUCGAAAACUAUUGCAUGCAAUAUCUACAUCUCAGGUGGAAUUAUUCACUGAAGCGGCCAUGGAGACGGCAGUUGAAUGUUGGCAAUGGGUGUUAACGGCACGUCCAGAUCUGGAACUAUCUUUUAUGAUUGAGAUGGUUAAUGCAUUCGAAACGACAUUUCAAAAGAAAAUCGGCCUUUUCGCGGAAAAUUUCGAUUUGACAAGUCCAUUGGCAGCGCAUGAAGGUUGUGCAUUGGUACCGCCACCCAUCAAUGUAAAACCACAUGCAAUUUGGCUCCAAUUGAUUUCAGAAAUUGUUGAUACAGCUAAAUACUGUGACCAUGACAAAGUCGAAAUGUUCGCAUUAUUGCUACAUCGUUGUUUACCGAUGGAUGUAAAUAAUAAACAAAACCGAAGUGUUGGAACGGUCGGUUGUCGUUUUAAGCUACUUCAAUGUGGUUUAUCAUUGUUACAAGGCAAUAUAUUACCCAAAGCAUUAUCGCGAAAUAUUCUACGCGAACGAAUUUAUAGCCAUGCUUUAGAAUAUUUUUGCGGUCCACAACUUUGUCCGUCACAAUCGCGUGACGAUUUGCUCGAAGACAUAACUAUUUUGCUGAAAUUUUGGCAAACAAUGCGUAGCGAGAAAAAGCAUUUGAUCACAACGGAAGUGGGCGAUUAUGAUAUUAAUCCAAAUUCGCACACUUUAUCCGUUACCAAAUUGUCAUUGGACACACUUUCAAAUGCCGGCAGUGAUGUGGCACGAAGCACAAGUACCGGAACUGGCGGCUGGUAUAACACUAUUCCACAUUCAACGUCAACACUAUCGAAACGAUCGAUUCGAUCAAAGCGGUCACCAUUCCAAAAGACAGCUUAUGACAGGGAUUAUAUGAAAAAACGUAAUUUAAUUCUGGAACUAUUGGCCGCUGAAAUUGAAUUCCUGAUUACAUGGUAUAACCCAAAUUCGUCACCCCAUCUUACAAUUUUGGGGGAAGAAGCGAUAAAUGAAUGGCGCGCUCGACCAAUUAAAUUGAGUUUGUGGCGUGACUAUACACGAUUGGCAUGGUUCUAUAAUCCAUCGCUUGCCAUUUUCUUGCCACAACGAAUUCGAAAUGCCGAAUCAAUCGAAGACGAAGUAACACGUUUGGUUUGCUCCGAUCCAAUUGCUGUUUCUCAUAUACCUGAAGCAUUGAAAUAUCUAGUUACAACAAAAACACUAUUGGCUGAAUCUCAUGAGCUUGUGUACAUGUUGACAUGGUCAUCGGUGAAUCCGAUUCAAGCACUUUCAUAUUUCUCGCGACAAUACCCAACACAUCCGUUAACAGCUCAAUAUGCUGUUAAGACACUUUCAUCAUAUCCGGCCGAAGCAGUUUUACCAUACAUUCCACAACUUGUACAAGCACUGCGACAUGAUACGAUGGGUUAUGUGGCUGAAUUCAUCAAGCACAUUUCGAAACGAUCACAAAUCGUGGGUCAUCAACUAAUUUGGAAUAUGCAAACAAACAUGUACAUGGACGAAGAUCAACAGCACAAAGAUCCUGUUUUGUUCGAUCAUUUGGAAGCGUUAAGUCAAAAUAUUAUAUCAUCAUUCUCUGGUGCUGCUAAGCGAUUCUAUGAGCGUGAAUUUGAUUUCUUUGGUAAAAUAACAGCUGUUUCCGGUGAAAUUCGUUCCUUUGCCAAGGGAGCACCACGAAAGAAAGCAUGUUUGGAGGCUUUAAGCAAAAUUAAAGUUCAACCAGGUUGUUAUUUACCAUCGAAUCCUGAAGCAAUGGUCAUCGACAUUGACUAUAAUAGUGGAACGCCGAUGCAGAGUGCGGCGAAAGCGCCAUAUUUGGCACGAUUCCGUGUGCAACGAUGCGGAAUAACAGAGCUUGAACAAAUGGCGAUGGAUGUAUCGAAUCAAGAUUCAUCGACUGUUAUGCAGCCUAGUAUAACGCUGGGCAUUGAUUCGUGGCAGGCAGCUAUUUUUAAAGUAGGCGAUGACGUUCGACAAGACAUGCUCGCAUUGCAAGUUAUUAAAAUUUUCCAGAAUAUCUUUCAACAAGUCGGAUUAGAUUUGUAUUUGUUUCCAUAUCGUGUAGUUGCCACAGCACCCGGAUGUGGUGUAAUUGAAUGUGUUCCAAAUGCAAAAUCACGUGAUCAACUUGGACGUCAAACCGAUACUGGUUUGUAUGAGUAUUUUUUGCAUACAUACGGCGAUGAAACUUCGAAAGAAUUCCAAUUGGCUCGCAGUAAUUUUGUUAAAUCGAUGGCCGCCUAUUCAGUUAUUGGUUAUUUGCUACAAAUCAAAGAUCGUCACAAUGGCAACAUUAUGAUUGACACCGAAGGACAUAUAAUUCACAUUGAUUUUGGAUUUAUGUUUGAAUCGUCACCCGGCGGUAAUAUUGGCUUCGAAACUGACAUGAAAUUGACCGAUGAAAUGGUAAUGAUUAUGGGUGGAAAAAUGGAAGCGCCAGCAUUCAAAUGGUUUUGUGAAUUAUGCGUUCAAGCGUUUCUUGCGAUUCGACCAUAUCAGGAUGCAAUCGUUUCGCUGGUAUCGUUGAUGCUUGAUACCGGUCUACCGUGCUUCCGUGGUCAAACAAUAACAUUGCUUAAACAACGUUUUGCACCAUCGAAAAAUAACAAAGAAGCAUCCGCACAUAUGCUGGCCAUCAUUCGAAAUUCAUACCAAAAUUUCCGAACUCGCACUUACGAUAUGAUUCAGUAUUAUCAAAAUCAAAUCCCAUACUAAGCACCAUUUCCAUCUAAUCUUAUGGUUUAUUUUUUUGUUGUAAAGAAUGUGGAUCGGGUAUCUUUCAAUUGAAUUCCGUCAAAUAAUUUUAAAUUAAUAAUUCGAUAUUGGUGAUUUAAACUGUGUUAAAUUCUCUCUAUAAAUCUGGAUUUUCUUGAAUAUUAAUUUAUUUACGUAUUCAAAUUCGGAAUUGUUACAAAUAAUUAUUUUGUUAAUGUUUUUUCUUUGAUUGUUUGUUGGGAAGACAAAACAAAAUCCUUCCCAUUGAUAUAAUUGUAGCCAAAUGAAUAUGCAUGCGUUUGAAAGAAUCAGUUAAACAUAGGUAUGCCACAAACAUAUAUUGUAUUAUUUUUAAAAAAUGUAAAAUUUCUUGUUUUAUUCGGUCAAUUAAAGAAUGAUUUAUUUCAUCAAAUCUUCAAUAAAAGUAUCUUUCAAUUCGAAAAA